AUGUCCUCCAACCCAGGCCAGGUCUCGCCCCUCACGGGCGUCACCCGCUACAUCACCACCCACAACCCCGAAGGCAAAGCCGUCAUCCACUCCGAGACCCCGCUCAACUGGGCUUCGUUCCAGGGUGGCGCGCUGGGAAUGGGGGUUGUGUACACUACCUCCGAGUUCCCCGCGAACCUGAACGACGAGACGGACAUCAAGCGGCACGAGGACCUCGCCAAGAGCAACACCCUGGGUCUGGUGAACCCCAACGGCACGGUGUGCCGGGUGGUGGACUUUGCGCCGGGCGGGCCGCCGUUCAUGCACCGCACCCAGAGCCUGGACUACGGGAUCGUCGCGCAGGGCACGAUCGAGAUGUUGCUGGAUUCGGGCGAGAAGCGGGUUCUCCGCGCCGGGGACAUCGCGGUGCAGCGGGGGACGAUGCAUGCGUGGAGGAACCCGAGUGAGACCGAGUGGACGCGGAUGGUGUUUGUGCUGCAGGAAUGCCAGGAGGUGAAGAUCGGGGAUGCGGUGUUGGGGGAGGAUUUGACGCUGCAUGACAAUCACGAUAUCAAGCCUAGCCGAGCGCUGAACUAA